GUUUCUAUUAGUGGUCUUAAGUUCACACAACAUCAUCAACAAAGAAUUUUUCAACCCACCAAAUAUCUAGCCCCAACACGAAGAAGCGAAGGUUUGUGUGUGUGUGUGUGUAAUGCUGGAGGUGUGUGUAUGUGUGUGUAUGUGUGUGUGUAUGUGUAUUGGGGGGGAGGGGGGAUGAACCAUUAGUGAUUUCCAAACAAAUUGAAAAUCAUGCAUUUUCUCAUUCCAGUAAGUGAAGUAAUCAUGUUCGAAUCUUUCCGGUUAUUGAUCUCCGUAUUUUUUUUAAAGAUUCUACAUACGUUCCCUACAGUAAGAUGGCCGCACCGAACCGAAAGGGGUUAUGUCUAGGGGCCUAUUGUGAUAUUCGAUCCAAUCCCAAUGCAUUUUAUUCUUACCCCUUUUACAAAGGCAUUGUAUGGGAUAUUUUCGUACUGUAUGUGUAUGUAGUGAGCGCUACUUAUAUCAAGAACUUUGAUGUUUCCUCAGAACUAAAAAAUAACGAAAUAUUUUUUUACAUGAAUGUCAUUUAUUACUAUUAUUACUACGAUAUUGGUAUCGAUUUGUACUUUACAUUGAAAUGGUGCUGUCGAACAGAAUAA